AUGUCGAUGACAACUGUGGACAUCCUCACCUUAGCUCUCCCAGUACCUAAGACUAGCUAUACUGGCGUGAGUAUGUACGUCGAUGAUAAAGGAGUUGCCAAGAACCUUCCUGUGAAUGUACGGGCUCAAGGGCUGACUUCAGCUUGUGGCCUUAUCGGUAAUCAAAUUAGAGGAGAUGCGUUCGUCGGGAGGAUGUACGAUGAUGGGAAGGACAAGUGGUUCAGUAGGAGGCAGAUGGACUUUCGCGAGUCGGACCUCAACUCUGGUUUAGAGUGGAUUGCUGCAGCGAAGUCCAUUAACAUGAGACAGGCCGGUGAUGAUGGUGUGAACUCUUUCAUCAAGCCAUAA